AUGUUCACAGAUACUUACAAAAGUGUAGGUGUACCUAAAAUAGGUAUUGUUAUUGCGACCGAACGUUCUACUGAUCCAGGACAAACAAUAGGAGUUGCAUUUGAAGCUAAAAAUGAAGGAAUCCGUAUGAAUUCUAUUGGAGUGUCUACUUUUGCAGAUAGGACGGAACUAUCUGGAAUAGCCAAUGCAGAUGACAAAGUACUGAUGGUCAACACAUACCAGGAACUAGCAGAUGUUGUUGGAAAUGUAGUCACAUUAGUCUGUCCAGCACAAUUUUUAACCACAUGGAUUCCCACAACGACUACAUCGACGACUACAACACAACUUCCUCCAACAACAACAGCUUCACGUCCGUGUGAGCAUUGCGAAUUGAGGAAUGGAGUCGGCUACAAUCCACAUCCAGAAGACUGUGACAAGUUUAUCCAAUGUUACUUUGGUGAAAACAAUGAGAUAGUUGGUGCUUACAGACAGUGUCCAUGGGGACAAUAUUGGGACCAGGAAGUCCUCACAUGUAGACCUGCUGAAAAUGUUGUCUGUCAAAGAGCUCUGGAGAUAUCAAAUGUUGGAUUAUACCAGUGUCCUGAUUCUCUUGCGUCUUUUACUGUAACGUGUGAGGGAUUAGAAUAUGGAAUGUGCAAACCUUAUAUUUUAGGAUCAAUCAACCUGAAUGGAACGGAUUUCGACAUAAAGCCAAACCAUGACAUGGCAAAUACUGGCUUUAACAGAAACUAUAUUUAUAACGUAUACAACAGAAAACAAGUAGAAGUAGAUGGAAAAACUUGCACUGCUGGAGAGGAUCAAGAAAUUGCAGCUGUUACUACGGCGUUUCAAAAUGAGGAAACACAGACGGAAUUUGAACAUUUUGCAAUGAGAAAAAGAUUUCGAGUUAUCAAUAAUUCCGUUGGGUCUACUUUCACUGGGCAUCAGAACAUAGGAAUGGGACAUCAUGGACAGAUGUCCGGCUCUUCAAAUACAUAUGCCGUCGGACUACUUAUUCUAGUUGAUGAUGUCAUAUAUAGAAGGUUUUACACUAUGAGUAAAGGUUAUACGCAUUCCCAAAAAGAGACUGAUGCCAAAGCAUUGAUUCGACAAUAUUAUGCUCAUGUUGUAAACGCUAUGGACAUUCGUUACAGAAAUAUCAGGCAUCCUGUAUAUGAAAUCCGAAUUAUUGUUUCUGGAUACCUCAUCGAUGAUGUAAGUUUAUAUAUUUUCCAGUUGAUAUAA